AUGAGCAGUAGCUCUUAUAGAUUAUUGAAUAAUUCAACAGAUCAACUUAACACAGAUCCAUCGGUUAACGAACCUGUUUCAUCUGUUACAAUGAAUAAUUCGAAUAAUACAUUGAGAAAAAGAUAUAUGCAAAUAACAUUUGCUGUUACACUUUAUUGGUUUGUUUCAAUAACGAUGGUCUUUUUAAAUAAAUAUCUGCUUAGUUCAGAUAAUGUGAAACUUGAUGCACCGCUUUUUAUAACAUGGUAUCAAUGUGUAGUAACAGUAGGAAUUUGUGCUUUAUUAGGAAAUUUAAAUAAACGUAUAACAUUUCUUUCAAAAUUUCCAACAUUUAAAAUUGAUCUUAAAAUUGCACGUGAUGUUCUUCCAUUAUCAGUUAUGUUUGUUGCUAUGAUUAUAUUUAAUAAUUUAACUCUUAAAUAUUUAACUGUAUCAUUCUAUAUGGUUGGUCGAUCAUUAACUACUAUUGCUAAUGUGGUUUUUACAUAUGUCAUGCUUGGACAAAAAACAUCGUAUAAAGCUUUAGUAUGUUGUGGACUUAUUAUUUCAGGAUUUUUUCUUGGUAUUGAUCAAGAAAAUGCACUCGGUACUCUGUCAAUGUUUGGUGCAUUUUGUGGUGUAGCAUCAAGUAUAUUUGUUGCUUUAAAUGCAAUCUAUACAUCUCGAUGUUUACCAUGUGUUGACAAUAAUGUUUGGCGUUUAUGUUUAUAUAAUAAUUUUAAUGCAUGUAUUUUAUUUCUUCCUCUUAUGGUAAUCUUUGGUGAAUUUUCAAUUGUUAUUAAUUAUUCGAAAAUAUUUAAUUUACCAUUUUGGUUUGCAAUGACAAUGGCUGGUUUACUUGGUUUUUCAAUGGGUUAUGUUACUGGUUUUCAAAUACAAAUGACAAGUCCUUUAACACAUAAUGUAUCAGGUACAGCUAAAUCUUAUGUACAAACAUUACUUGCUGUUGUUAUUUAUACUGAAACUAAAACAACACUUUGGUGGAUAUCAAAUUUAUUUGUACUUGGUGGUUCAGGUCUAUUUGCACAUGUUCGAGCAACAGAAAUGAAACAGAAUCAUAAUGCAAAUAAAAAUAUUGAUAAUAAUUCAACAACAACAUCUUUACCAAAAUGA